AUCAUGUUAUAUAAUAAGUUGUAAUGCGGAACCUAACAUAGAAAAUAUGAAAAAAGAAAUAAAAAUUAUUGUUGGUGUUUUAUUUGUCUCACUAUUAAUUUCUUUUAUCAUUAUGUGGCUUAAUAAAAAUCGAAAAAAUUUAUUAAAAGUUCAUAGUAGAGAAAUGUAUGAUCUAACUAACUCUUCAAUGCAAACAGAAACGUCAACUGGACGUUUAGAAAGUAUAACAUCAAGCUGUAGAAGUUCUUUCUCUUUCCGUAAUUCUUUUAAUAGUUUUACUUUGAACAACAUGAUAAGACCAACAAGGCCAGCAAACAAUACACAAGUAUCACAGUCACGUCGUACAACCUCUACAACUGCUACAACUAUCGAGAAUGUAUUAAUAGAAGUAGACGGACAAAAUCGAAGAUCAUUUGCUAGCGUUAUAAUACCUUUGACUUCUACGAGUAGAAAUAAUCAAAAUCGUAAUCACUAUAGAAGUGAUCCUAUUUAUCCUGAACUUUAUCCAAACGAUUCUAAUCAAGAUGUUCUUGAAAUGGAACCUCCUCCUAUUUAUAAACCAUAAUAAUAUAAUUUCGUAUGUUAUAUAUAU